GAUGGCGGUACUACCAAUACAGCACCGCAACCUCUCUCGCUUCUUUUCUCUGGCCUUCUUUUCUCUGUGGGAACUAUCUCAAAUCACAGCAGCAUUCGCUAUGCGUUCUGCAACAUCCAUCUCUGCUGCAGCACGCCAAAGCUGCUGCAACGACAAGGGCGCCAUCCCACUGACCUUCCGAGAGACCAAUGUGGCCCCGUCGUUGGUACCUUCCAACAGCACGGACGGUUCUUCGCCACCCAUACUCUUCCUCCAUGGUUUGGAUUCGUCGGCACAGACAUGGAAGGGCGUCCUCGACAGCCUGCAAGCAGACUACCGGGCGGUGGCACUGGACCAGCGAGGCUGUGGCCGGUCUCCCCUCGGGGAUCCGACCGAGUUCUCCCCCGGUGCGCUCGUGGAGGACAUUUACGCAUUUCUGGGUACGCAUCCCUAUUUUCGUGCCCCGGUCGAACCCGGCGGCGGCGACGAAAAUCCGGCACCACCAACCAUUCGCCCCUUUGUGUUGGUGGGACAUUCCAUGGGAGGAAGGGUCGCCAUGUCCUUUGCGGCGACCCAUCCCGAACUGGUUCUGGCGCUGGUCGUAGAGGACAUGGACAUCCGGAGCCGCCCCUUGUCCGAGAGCCGCGUCCAGUCGAAGGACCAUGCGUCUACCCUGUCUUUUGAUCGAGCCCUGGGACGACGGGGGAUCCAAACGAAGGASGAAAUCCUAAAACUCUUUUGCGAGAGAGAGGGAUAUCCUUCUUCGCAGGUGGAAAAAUGGCUCACCCCGCAAGACGAGCGGAUCGAGGGGGUGGGUACCGGGGAGUGCUACAGCCAGGUCCACCCGGCCUUUCGKCUGCUGUGCUACCAGCAGUUUUUCGAGACGGACCACGGGAAGGUUGUCUGGGAGGCGCUGGCGGGGGCCGGAGGGGGUGCUUCUUCCCCGUUUCCGAUCCACCUCUUGGUCGCCGAUCCCACCGCGACCAUAUGCGACGACGCCAGCCUCGCGGCCAUGGCCACCGCGAUGGGGACGACGGUGGCCGAUGCGGACGCGCCUGUGCUUUCGCCGCCGUCUCGACGGCUGGCCAUCCGUCGCUACCGGGGUGCGACGCACAGCAUACACAAUUCCAGGCCGGACGAGUUUUUGACCGAUCUAAGAGCCAUCGUCGAAAGGGCCGCCACCCGCCGCUCCGAAGCAUAAAUCGCCGAAACGAAAAGCCGAGCCACGGCUGCUAGCAAGAUGCUAGCGUGUAGUAUUUUAGUGCAGCAGGAUUUUCUUCGUGUGAUGGGUAACCUUGUGAUUGGUGUAAGCUCAUGUAUACCGAUGUCCUUGUCAAAAUUGUUGCGGGUGUAAUCGGAUCCGGAUCUCGUAUUCGUGCUGGAUCAAUCAUCGUUACCAGAAGAAUAUCCAACAACGAAGUACGUACUGUGGAAGGUGGAUAAGUGGUGACGUGCAGUGUUCAACAUGCCAUGCUGUAUUCGUGCAUUCCACCAUUCCUUUCUUGAUUGAUUCUAGUUGCUACAGGUACUUUUAAGUUCGUUACAACCGUUUUGUAGCUCUUGUAAAUGCUAUGCACCAACGGAAAGGAAUGCCAAUUCCACAGCAGGACCAUAUCGGAGUAUGAUUUGUUUGGUAGUUUGACAGUAUAUAAGCAUAUGACGUAUCACAAAGUUAUGGUGGCACUACCACCAUGAUAAGUGUGAACACCCAUAGCUGAGAGAAGUUACCGACAAAAACCCAGAACUUGUGCGCCCACACGAAUGCAACAUAGGAGUAUUGACGGCCAAGAACGAAUUUUCUUGCUGACAGGUUUUACAGUUACAACUAAAAAAAGUAGAGUGUC